GGUUCUGUGAAAAGAGUUACGCGCGCGGUUCUCUAAAAAUAAAUUUAGAAAAACUAAAAUAUCUAUUGAAGAAAAUAAACAAAGUGAAAAAAAUAUUUCUAAGAAAAGUUUAAAAGAAAGGAUUUAUUAUUAAGGUCGAAAAUAAACAGCAACAGAAUUUUCAUUCCCAGCUACUUGGGUGAAAAGUGUUGGUGGCAAAGUUAGUAUUUUGGUAGCUUUAAAGAGCCACCACAGAACAAGUGAUGGUGAGAAUAAACAAAAUUUCUGCAAAGUAAACGGAAAAAACAGCUACAAAGUUACAACGGACCAGCUGGAAUUAUGAGAGCAGAAACCCCUUUCAAACGCCAUAAAAGUAGUGGAAAGUAAAAAAAGGAAACAAAUAAGAAACACAGUUUAUGCAUGAAUUUAAAGUGAGAAUUUUUUCAAAGCAAACCAAUUCAGACGCAAUCUAAAAUAAAAAAUAAAAUAAAAAAAUAAAAUAAAAAUGAAAAAAAUAGUUUUAUGUGCUUUCAGUGAUAAUCCAACAAAAGUGAAAAAGUGUGAAUAAAAAGUAAAAGCCAGCAAUAAAAAAAAAACUGCCACCAUCCUUAUACUCGAUACAUGAAUGUCAUAUCGUAAACAUUUGAAACCCUUGAGCAAUGGCAUAUUAACUUUAUAAUCCGGAAAAGUAAGAGGGAGCAGCAUAAUACAGACCAAGAAACAAGUGGCAAAUUUAUAACAAAAAAAUUGCGAAAGGGAUCAUAACGUUUUUUUGUAUUAAAGGAAACGCAUUGCGAAUAGAAAAACAUUGAAAUCCAUGCUGCUGCUUUCAACAUUGCUGUAUUGAAAUAAAAUACAGCAGAAAACACCCAUCAUUCAUCAUUCAAUACACCGCACAGUUCAAGGGGUGAAAAAGAGCAUUCUGUAUGUGGUGGAUUUUUGAUUUGAAAUUUAAAUAAUUAUCACAUGCCGCCUCACCACUAGCAUUCAGGCUCACUAUGAAACAACGCAAACUACAUACAGGCUUGUCCACAUAACAUGCUGAGGUCUCAACGUAAAACAAAAACCAAGAAAAAGGCACCCAUAAAGAUGUACAAAAUAAAUGAAAAGUGGCAGCAUUGACAUACACACACACAGCAACAACAACAACAACAACUGCCUGUCGUCCGCCUCCCCUCGCUGAGCAAGAAUAAUAAAACCUAAGGAAACGCCACCAAAUAAAGGACCCAUAAACGAAGUUUUACAGGCCGACAUGAAAGGCCUACAUAAUGAAAUAAACACUUUUCGCAAAGGUUGACAGAAAGGGUGAUCCUUUGUUCGUUUGCCUGCUCAAUGGUCACAGUCAUCCACCUUCAUUCAGCCGAACUGGUGGACAACCUUUCCUCAUUCGUAGAAGAAACCAAACAAAAAAGCAAAAAAACAGAAAACAAACCUUGUGCAAGGAAGAGGAAAAUUUGUUGUGAUCUGAAAAUCAAUUUCAUUUAAAUUCGUACAACAGGCCAACCAUAAAAGAAACUCCAAGUCAGGCACACCGUAGGAAUAAGAAAUUGCGGCUACAAACGAAAAGGAGCAGAACCAAAAAAGCAAAAAAAAAAAAGGGAUAAUAAAAUAUUUACAGGAUACAAAGCCCACACAUUAAAUACAAUAACAACAGUACCAACAUUGGUGACAACCACCGCCGAGUCCCUCUCAAGCCCCCCAACACCCACAAACUAUACGCAUCACUCUAUAUAUAUGUAUAUGAAAUCGUAAGCUUAGGGCUGAGCAGCAACAACAGAAACAACACAAUCAUCCUUCAGCAAGGACCCAAAACGUUAGCGUCAUCAUCAUGGCAGUGCCCAUAGAUGAGGGCGUCUUAAGUGCCCUCAGGGGUGUCACCAGUCGCAAUACACGUCUGCCUAAACCCCUGCUGAUAAAAGUUUAUGUUUCCAGCUUAAAACAAGAAUUUUGCCAAGAACGGCGUAUGCUGCUCGAACUUGUCGGUCCGGAAUUACAAUCCAUGUACGAUGACCGACAAAUUGAAAUUGAGUUUGUCGAUAUGCAUUUCGGCACCGGCUCCUUGGACAUUACACAAGUGGAAAAGGAUCCAUAUAUCAUGGAGGAUUAUCUGCAUGAAAUUCAAAUAUGCCAUCAGAAUACGAAAAGUGUUUUCUUUUUGGCAUUAAUAGGCGAUGGCAUUGGUCGCAUGCCAUUACCCACCCACUUGGAUGUGGAAAUUUACGAUAAAAUUAAAGCAGAUACCACUUUAGCGCACACCGAACGUCAAUUGCUGGCCAAAUGGUAUAUGCUGACUGAACAGGAAAUUCCUGCUUCAACAGGCGACGAAGGCAAAGCGGCCAUUAAAAGGAUGCAAUAUAAACUCAAGCAGGACUAUCGAAACAUGGUGUUAGAAAAAUGGCACGAGGAGUAUGUUCAACUGCGUGACAUUGUGGAUAAAUGUCUGCUGGGUAUGUUGCGAACAGGGGGGACAGGUGGAGCAGGAGGGCCCGCAGCGAUAAAAGCUCUUAGUGCAGAUAUGCAGGAACGUUUGCAAAAGUUGCGGCAGACGCAAAUGGAACAGGAAGUGUUAAAAGCAUUGGAAUUGUCAAAUGAGAAAAUCUUGGCAGUAUUUCGUGAGUGGUCAUCAACACAGCUGAGUUCGAAAGAUGCAGAGAGUGCAGAACGUCUGAGCAAACUAAAGGAUCAACUAACAAUGAAUUUAACAUCGGACAACUACACGACAUUGGUUGUUCCUGGAAAUUGCUGCGACACUGGCAUAGACCCCGACAUCGAAGAACAUGAAACCUAUUUGAGUAAAUUCAAAAAUAAAGUUUUUGAUAAACUGCGAAAUUUGAUAGAGGAGCACAUCACCAACGAUCCUGAUGUUAUAAAGGGCAGAAAAAAAACCGUGCAGGAAAUCUUCCAUGAACACUCUACACAUUUGCGCAUACUGAAGGAACAUCAGGAUGCUGCAGCCAUUGUAAAGUCCACAGUGCCCGAACGUCUAAAAACCAAUUUAAUGGCCAACUUUCGAAAUGGCAGCCGACAUGCGCCCUAUUUCAUUUAUGGCAGCCAUGGCAGUGGCAAAAGUGCCAUAAUGACCGAAUUGUAUGGCAAUGUGAAGAACUGGUUCCAGCCCAAUUGUAGGGUGCAUCGAGUCAUACGCUUCGCUUCCGCCACACCACGAUCAGCCUACAAUUUGGAGUUGCUACGUGUGAUAUGCCAACAGAUAUCUAUUAUUUACAAUAUCCCUGAGGGCUAUUUGCCCAAGGAUGCCUCCUUUGAUCCCCUGUACAUAAACAAUUGGUUCCAGAAUCUACUGAGACGCAUCGAGGAUAUGAAUAAUGACGUUUUAUUUUUGUUCAUUGACGAUUUGCAUUUAUUGAAUCCCUUGGACUGUGAUAUUGUCGCGGCCCUCUCCUGGUUGCCCACCUCCCUGCCUUGGAACGUGCAAUUGAUUUGUUCAUCUACCCUGCCAAUUGAACAGUUGAAGUUUACCCCCAUGCAAAGGGAUCGCUUUAAGUCGGGCGAAUAUCUAUUCGAUUUGGCGACAGAGGAUAACAGAACAGAGCUGAAGAAACAAAUGUCAGCUGACAAUAAUUUAACAUUUAUCGAAUAUGUUGACAAACAAUUCGAUCAGUUGGAGAAUCGUUAUGGACGCAAGGGUUUUGCCCGAUUAGCUUCGUAUUUGAGUCUUUCCGAGUUUGGCCUAUCCGAAACGGAGCUACUUGAGCUGUUGAUGCCCAUUGAUGAUCCGGAGGCACAAAUUGAAACGGAGAAGGGCAAUUUUUGUUUCUCCUCGUUUAAGAAGAUUCACAAAGAGAUGAGUUUCCUGCUUCGCGAUAAAAUCAUGUCGGCCAAAGUACUUAUACACUGGCGAUAUCCCUAUUGCAAAGAGCUGACACGUCGUCGUUACCUGGAUGCUGACUCUACACGCUCCAUGCACCUUGCCAUAGCCAAUAUUUUCUUUCCCGCCGACAACGAGGAUGCCGAAGACGACGAUGAUGACAGCACCGAUCGUGACGAUAGUGAUGAUAAACAAUCGGUGAUAAGUCAAACAACAAUUAAGGAUAAGGACAAUUCAUCCGCCGGUCGUAAAUCAUCAGCCCAUCCCAACGAUGACACCUCAACAUUCUACAAUCCCAUGGCAGCGGAUGUUUCCUACAGCAUGCGUCAUGUGGAGGAGAGUUGGCAUCAUCUGAUGCGUUCCGAUGAUAUGGACAAAUUCAAACAAAUUGCUGUGUGCAAUUUCGAUUUUCUACUGGCAGCGGUCCAAACUGUUUCCAUUAGCUACCUAAGAUGUCUAAUUGAACAUGUCCGCUGCUAUUUACUGGAUCGUGACAUCGAACUCAUCUACUACACCAUACGCAAGUCAAGUGAUGUGCUGACACGUGACCCCAUGCAAUUGGGUGCCCAGCUAAUUGCCUGGUUAAGGCCCAUCAGUGAGCACGAUGAGAACGACACCUCUUUGCUGAGCAUGACGGUUCGUUCGGCCACCGCUUGGUGUGAUGGCUACACGGUGCCUUUGCUGGUGCCCUUGACUGGUUGGUUGCCAGCACCAUUGCCCUCGCAGAUACGCACAAUGACCGUGUCGGGUACGGGACCAAUUCGGGACAUAUGUGUGGCUCCCAGCAAGCAGCAUUUAAUAUUGGCCACCAAAUCGGGCGAUGUGCAAUUGUGGCACAUAAUGAGCAACUCAUUGGAGCAUACAUUCAAAGGUCACACAGCGGCCGUCACGUGCCUGUUAGUGGCUCCCCAAUCAGAUCUCCUAUUAACUGGCUCCGAGGAUGGUACUGUGAUUGUUUGGAACGUGACAACGCGUGAAUUGAAGACGCACAUAAACUCGAAUACUUCCGUUGUGACAAGUGUUGCUGCUGGUGUGAAUAACACAUUGGCCAUCAAUGGCAGUGAAGAUUCCACCAUUGUCAUUUCAGAUAUGAAUAGCGGUAAAUUGCUGCAUAAAAUUACCCAUCAUCGUGCGGCCGUGACUGGUGUAAACGUGGUUACCACUUGUGACGUCCUCGUUUCAUCGAGUCAUGACAAGACCAUCUGUUUGUGGUCAUUGGAUGAUUACACCCUAUUGAAUAGUAUGCAAAUGACCAGUCCUGUGCUACGUAUUGACAUAUCAUGUGAUUCGGUAUUCCUUUUGGCUCAUUGUGAUGACAAUGGUUUGUAUGUCAGGACAUUGGCAACAGGCAAGGAACUGUACACACUCAAAGGUCACAAAUCCCGGAUACGCACAAUUACCAUAGGCCGUGAUAGUCAACGCGCCGUGGUGGGCUGUGAAGAUACUCGCGCUCUUAUCUAUGACAUGCAUUCGGGUCGUCUAAUACGAUCGAUGCCUCCCAAUCCGGGUCCAGUUACCGCCCUCUAUGCCAUGGACAACGAUGACUUUCUCAUUACGGUGGGUGGCAAUAAGAUCACCUUCUAUUCGUUCCGCAACGAGGAGCUCUAUGUCCAUCCUUAUUCGCACAAUCAGAAACGCAAACGUUCGCUGAAGCGUGCCGCCCAAACACAAAGAUCGCCCUCAACAACGCUGCCGCCCAUUACGUGCUUUGAUGUGUCGCGAGACUCUCAAUUGGUGGCAAUCGCCUCCGGGCGUCAUGUGCACAUAAUGCAAAUCAAUACCCCAGAAUAUCAGACCACAUUCGACGGGCAUGCAGCUCCCAUUACCUGCUUGAUGUUUGCUCCAAAUGGCGAAUAUUUGGCCACAGGAUCCGAUGAUCGCAUGGUUCAUAUUUGGAGCCUAGCCAGUGGGUCCAUAGCCAAUACAUUCAAGGGGCAUGUGGCGCCCAUAUGCAGUGUUGUGGUCCUAAUGGAUUCUCGUCGCAUUAUGUCCUCCGAUCGCGAUGGCCUCAUCUAUGUCUGGAUGGCUGAUGGUGGCAGUCUGUUGCAGACCAUACAGGGGCCCUACAAAUUCUUGGCUGCCACAAACAAUAUGAAAUUCGCCGUCUCCACCAAUGGGGAUAACACUCUAAAGAUAUGGUCCCUAACGCGAGAGGAUGAGAAGUAUUCGGUCUCCCAUUCUGAUGAGAUAACCUGCUUUACCAUCACCGCCGAUAGCUUGUACAUAAUAACCGGUUCACGUGAUAUGUCCCUCAAGGUGUGGCAAGCUACGGGUGGUAAAUUGGCCCAAGUACUAGUGGGCCAUUCGGAUGCUGUGACCUGUGCAGCUGUAUCGGUGACAAAUAAGACACAGGUCACUUCCGGGUCAAAGGACACAAAUCUGAUUAUUUGGGAUUUGCAUACGGGAGAGGAGAUUCAUACUUUGGCUGGCCAUUUGGCUCCAGUCAUUGGUGUCAAGGUGUCGGCAGAUGGUUCAACGGCUGUGUCGGGCAGUGAUGACAAGACCCUCAUAGUGUGGGAGACAAAACGUGGUCUCGCCUUGACUUCGUUGCAAUUACAUGUACCCUUUCCACGUUUUGACAUCAGCAUGGAUUGUUCGCGAAUAUUGGUGCAAUUAGUGGAUAGUUUCAAUUUGCCCGUGAUAUGCCUGCACAAUACCCCUGCUCAGUACAUAAAGCUGCCAACGUAUUCGGCACCAGCACGAGAUGUUGAAGAUUUACGACCGCAAGGACCCAAGCGUCAAAUGAAACGCCUGCUAAAGAAGGAAGUCUCACUGGACACCUAUACCUGGCAAAAGAAAUAUGGACAUCUCACCGCCUCGGUAAUGAUGGCCCAAGUCGAUGAACGCUUGAAGCGACGUUUCUCCGUGUCGGCCAGCAUGGAGGAGAUAUCGAAAAUAGCCGAAAUGAAAACCAUAACAUCGCAAACAAACCUGGGGCCGGAACAAGCGGCCCUGGCGCAAUCCCAACACUUUGAUCAAUUGGAGGCACUGUGGAAUAAACGAUCACCACCCAGAAGAAGACAUAAUGCGGGUCUUUCGAGACAGACAUCAUUGGUAGAGGAUCGUCUGGAAAGUUCGGAUGAUGAUGAUUAUCAUGACGAGCGCACAGGUAUGUUAUCAGCAUCCUACGAUCACAUCCAUAGAUUAGCACUACCGACCCCAAGCAUGCCAACACCGCCACCAUCACCACCACUACCACAAUCCCAGGCACGUUUGCGUCCCAUUUCUAUGCACGCAUGGAUCACCAGUAGUUGCAAGGCACUUAAUUUCCAUAACAAUCAACAAACAAAUAGCAACAACCACCACCACAACAACCACAACAACAACAGUAACAGUAACAACCAUCACAAUGACUCUUCCUCCCGCAACAGAACACCACCCACCACACCACCCCAACACGAUCAUUUUCCAAACCCAGUCCCAAGUUCUUCCAAACUCAUGCCAAAUCCCAUGCACCAUGUCAGUCACACUGGCACUCAGACUCCUUCUACCAGGCCCCCUAAAAAUUCUUCACGCAAAUGCAAGCCCCAGCAGCCAGAUUUGGUACAGGAUGUGGAACAAAUGCAAGAUUCUCAAAUGCAGCAAAACCUGUUGGCUCAAGAUCGACGUCAGCGUUUACGCAGCUUUUUUCGAUGGAGAAGUCUUAAGUCGCGGCUAAUGCAGCAUCGCAAUUGUCAAUCGUUGCAGCCGCAGGCAUUGGCCAAUGUCAAAAUUCAGCAGUCCACAGAACACCAAGAACCACAUCAAAAAAAUCAAACCUCAAGACAGUAUAGCAAACAACGCAACAAAUUGCCCAACCCCAUUAUCAUAGUUGAGAAUUAUGAUGCACGGGUUAUCAGAAAACCUCACACCCAACUGAUUCUACAUCCGCGAAGCACCCAAGCCACCUGGGGUCAUAUGGCCGCCUGUGCUGUGGCCAACUCAGCUAAAACCUCGUGCGAAUCGAGUAACAGAAAUGGCAGCAGCGACAAAAGUGAAAAUUCCUCAACUUUGCGUCGCAAAUGGCAUAUGUGGAAAAAUGCCAAAGCCUCCUCAAAUGUAGCUCCUGAGUUGCUGCCAAAUGAGGCCUCCAGCAGCAAUUCCUCUUUGGCCGAUACCCAGGGUAGAGGUUUUUGUGGAACAACUUCACGCAACCGCAGUAAAGUCAAAUCAGCAGGCCACAAUACAACCACGGCCAAUGGGAAUGGCAGUGGUUCCCAUUGCUUAACCCAAUGAGAUAUCAACAUCAUCACCACAAUGGGCAUAUUUUCCGAAGAGCGAAAUCAUAUCCGUUUCCUUUUUCCAACAAUCCAAUACCUGCUACCCUUGAAGAAACACCCAACGUAUCCCACUGUCUCUCACUCUCCACCUCUCGCUAUCUCUCUUAGUUAGCAGAACCUUCAACAAAAGUAGCUAGAAGUCUGGUUUCAAAUGAGAAUUUUAGUUCUCAAAGCAUGUCUCUUUCACUCUGUACUCUCCUGGGAAAACACUUUUUCUUGCUUUCUCUCUUUUACAAGUUUUUGUAUGGAAAACACUUUCAA